AUUCGCAACGUGGUGUGCAAAGCAUUCAGAUCAGCUUUCAAAGUCUUUAAGUAAUCGGUGGAAAUUUUCUCUACUAAAGUGAUAAUUUUCCCCAAAUAAAAGUCGUAAGAGAGAGAGGAGAGACUGUAGUUUAGGCAGAUAGUGGAAAAUCCCCACAGAAAGGAGUAGAAGUUAUUAAAAAAGUGGAAACAAAGUCACACACUUAGUGAGGUUAGGUGACACGUGCAGAAAGAUGCCACCGUGGCUUCACGGUGGGGCCCAUCGGGACUUCUUCCCGCUUGGGUCGCGGGAUUUCCCGGCUCUGGAAAGAACUGCAAGGAAGAGAAGAGAAGAAACCUUUAGUGCCAGAUACGAGGAAAUCGAACGCAUAGACAAUGCAGGACGAUUCCUGAUAAUGAAGAACGCAUCUCAGGAAACAGACUCAGUGAUUCCCCUUUCACCUUUUGCGGUCGCGAGAUCUCUACGAUCGCUGGGAGAUGUGAAAGAUAUCACGAGACAGAAGGACGGAACACUAGUCAUUGAGUCCAAAUCGAAGGAACAAACUGCCCGCCUGCUUAAUAUUAAAAAGGUGGGAAAGCACGACGUAUGUGUGACGGAACAUCCAAGACUUAAUAGAUCUAAGGGAAUUGUCAGGUGCUGGGAUUUUGUUUAUUUGGAUGAGAAAGAGUUGCUGGAAGAGUUGAGACCUCAAAAGGUAGUGGAAGUCCGACACCUUAAAAGGAAGGUUUCGGAAGUGGAAAAAAGAGCUAGCCAGAACCAAGCCCAACCCCCAGUAUGGAAAAAUACUGGCACAUUUGUCGUUACCUUCGAUCUUCCAGAAGUACCAAGAGUACUUAAAGCUGGAUAUCUUAGAUUGGAAGUGAGACCUUUCAUUCCAGACCCCAUCCGUUGUUUCAGCUGUCAGAAAUUCGGACACAUGAAAACAUCCUGCAGGGGCGUAGCAAUGUGUGGGAGGUGUGCCGAAAAGGAUCACUACCCAGAUCCUUGCACAAAGGCUGUGAAAUGUAUUAAUUGUGGAGGCGAGCACGUCAGCUGGAGCAAAAGAUGUCCCGAAUACAUGGCGGAGUUCGAAGUACAGAAAAUCAAAGUCUAUGAAAAAGUCUCGUUCGCAGAGGCUAAGAGGAUCUUCAUUGAAAGAAUGGGACAAUCAAGACGGACAUUCGCAGACACUCUUAAGCAGCAGGAUACCCCUGUGAUGGAAGGAUGCACCAAUUGUCACUGUGACUCUUGUAAGCUUCUGAGGAAGGAGAGUGCUGAACAAAACCCACAAAAAGAAUUCACGGAAGUUGAGACAGUACCCUGCACCAAUCUAACCCAAAUGGAAGAACAGGAAUUACCAUUCGUUGUUGAAGUUGAGGUCCACAAAGAAGACGCCAACGAUACAGAAUUAAUUUCCGAAAGCCCGGAAAUUUCUACACUGUCAGAAGAGGAGGCAGCAGAAUCAGACGAUGUGGAGCCCUUCGAAGAAGCAGAAGCAGGACUGGAUGAGGAGGGUAUGGAACUAGGCCAUACUCUUGAAAAAAACGAGGAACAGAUUACUGCCCAGUCCCACACAAUGGGGACUGACCCAGUGUCACCAAAGUUGCUGUCCCAUCCACAAGGUCAAAGGUGCCCCAAAAGAGCGAAGAGUUCCCGUUCCUCAGAAGGUUCUGAGGAAAAGAAGACAGGAGCAACAUCCACAAAAAAGAACAAGAAGAAGAAGACAGCGCCAGUUCCCUCACAGUCGGGAAGGUAUUCCCGAUCCAGGAGUCCCAGGGAACGCACAAAAGCAGCAACACAGAAAGACGCACAUUUGAGUCCCAGAACGAUUAAAAAAAUCGUAGGAAUAGAUUAGGAAAUGCUUCAAACGCUAAAGUCCGCUAAGGGGAAAUCUUCAGGGCCGGAUGGGAUAUCAUACCAAAUGCUCAAAAACCUUCCUCCUCAAGGAAUGAGCAAACUUCUAGUGAUAUUGAACAAAGUCUUCGUUGAGGGUAGAAUUCCUGAGAUUUGGAAAAGGGCUAAUGUCAUCCCCAUAUUAAAACCGGAGAAAGACCCAACUGACCCUAAAAGUUACCGCCCCAUCUCGCUUCUCAGUUGUGUGGGUAAGGUUUUGGAAAAAAUGAUAUCUGCGAGACUUAAUUGGUGGCUUGAGGCAGGACACCUGCUUACGGUUUACCAGUCCGGAUUCAGAAGGAAUCGAAGCACAACCGAUAAUUUAGCAUACUUACAGCAUUUUAUGGCCAACAAGUUAAACGAAAAAGAGCAUAUCUCAUGCAUAAGCCUCGACAUCGAGAAAGCGUACGAAAAGGUAUGGAGGGUAGUUAUACUUAAUAAGUUGAGGGACUGGGGGUUAGAAGGGAAUAUUUUUAGAUAUAUUGACAAUUUUUUCCAAGAUCGGCAAUUUAAUGUAUUUGUAGGAAAUCGAAUGUCUUCAAACCACAUCCAAGAAAAUGGAACUCCUACAGGGAGUGUCCUGUCAGUCCCACUGUUUUUAAUAGCUAUGAAUAGCGUCUCGGACUACCUAAGCAUCGCGGGUGUUGAACAUCUACUCUAUGCAGAUGAUCUAAUAUUAUUUGCUUCAGGGAGGACCUCCGAAUCCCUCGAAAACCAAAUGCAAGAAGCUUUGAAUAGUUUAGAACUCUGGGCCCAGGACUUUGGUUUUAAUUUUUCAGUACCAAAAUCAAAAGUACUACAUGUAUGUAGAAAACGUAACUGCAGUCAUCCGGUCUAUACACUUAAGGGAAACACGAUAAAUGAAGUCAGUCAUCUCAAAAUCUUAGGAAUUAAAUUUGAUUCCAAAUUAACGUUUAACCAACAUAUUAAAGAAAUUAAGGAAAAUUGCCAGAAGAGGGUUAAUUUAAUCAAAGUGUUGUCCAACGUAGAAUGGGGGGCAGAUAGACAACAACUUUUAGGAGUCCACCAGGCACUAGUUUGUGGAAAAUUGGACUACGGUUCAAUAGCAUAUGGAUCAGCAGCUAAAAGCAUGUUAAGGAAAUUAGAUCCAAUACACAACGCAGGGAUUAGAGCGGCAACCGGUGCUUUUAGGAGCUCUCCAACUGAGAGCAUCCUGGCGGAAUCGGGACUAAUGAGCUUAGAAGAUAGGAGAAAUUUGUCUUCAGUAAAAUUUUGGAACAAAAUGGUGGCCAAUCAAGGGAUACCGAUCUACCAGCAAAUGUGCUCUGGAUUCAAAAGAGGUAGCAGGGUGGUGUCCUGGGUGGCUAAGGUUACAGCGACACUUAGACGGUGGAAUCUCCCUAGGCAUAGCCCUUUCUUUUACUUUGGAAGGCAACCGUACUGGACCCUCAACCAUCAACGUAUUGAUCUCUCACUAGAUAGUCAUAUUCUUAGAAUUAAUCCGAAUAGGUCGAGGCAAAUAAUCUUUAAUAAGUUAGAGGGAAAUAAUAUAAAUACAAAAAUUUUUGUUGCAGGAAAUAAGUUUUCAGGAAAGGCUGGGUAUGGUAUUUGGGUGGAGGACUCGAGAUGGAUUAUAGAAGGAAAAGUUAAUGACAUGGCUUCCAAUACUACAUUGGGUGAGAAGGCCUUAGUAGCGGCAUGUAAAUUGGCUGCAAAUCUCCCAAACCCCCUGAUAAUCACGAACUGUUUACAAGCCUUAAAAAACUUGUGUAAUCUUCGCUUGGUGUCAGGUUACACUGGCCAGUUGAGAGAUUUGGUUGUCACUAGUCAGUGCAGGUUCCUAUAUGAUCCAGGCUACAGCGAAGGAUUAAUUAAUGCUAACGCCCAUGCAUUUAAUUCUUCCAGUCAUUCUAUUUCCGAUUUCCAAAUUGCCCUUAAAGACAUCAAUUCUUGGUGCAAAUCCAUGUUGAAAGAAUCAAGGAUUAUGAAAUGGAAAGAAGUCCCGUUGACUAAUAAGCUUAGAAGUUUGAAGGACAUCCCUAAAUUCAAAAAUUUUUACCAAAAUAGAAGAGAGCAAGUCAUAUUAACCAGACUCAGGAUAGGACAUUGCCAUUUCUCACAUUCCUUUUUAAUGAAAAAUGAGCAACCCCCAAUUUGCCAACAUUGUAACGGCCAGCUCUCUGUUAUGCAUUUAUUGGUACAGUGUCCUUACCUUGAACAAGCACGUAGACAGCACAAUAUCCAAAAUACUAGCAUACAGCAGCUUCUCGGGUCAAAGGUUGAGGUCCUGGAUAGGACACUAUCAUUUGUGAUAUCGACGGGACUUAGAGUAUGAGGUAAAGAGAUUCUUGUUUUUUUUUUUUCCAUUUAUCUUUCCAUGAAAUUAGUCUUUAUCUCCGGUAAUUAUCCAUUGGAUUGUUAUCAAAUAGGUUCAAGCUAAAUAAUUAAUUAAUUUCACAUUUGCCAUAUAUUUAAUCAUUUCUUGAAGUCUUAAAAGUACCUGAAUUAAAUUUAAUACAUACAUUUCCCCUUUUGUUAAAAGCUUGAACCGUUUACUUUAGUCCAAAAUUUUUUUUUUCUUUUCUUUUGAAUUCAAAUUUUGUAAGAGUGCUGCUUGUCAGACCUCAGUUAGGGCAAUACUGUCAAGUAGUUUAGGUUAGAUGGACUCACUCAUAUUUGUACAAAAUAGCCUCACGGCUGAAGUACAAUAAAGAAUUAAUCAAUCAA